AUGUCUCUUUCCGUCAUUGAUCUUUCUUGGAAUAAUCUCGUUUCUUCCUCAAUAUAUCAUUGGUUGUUUAACUUAAAUGCAAGCCUCGUUAGCAUUGACAUUUCCUAUAACGUUCUGCAAGGUCCCAUUCCUGAUGCUUUUGGGAACAUGCUUUCCCUCAAAGAUCUCUAUCUCAAUGACAAUUCUCUGGAUGGUGGGAUUCCAAAAUCUUUUGGGAAUUUAAGUUGCAUACACUCGUUAUAUUUAUCUAUCAACCAUUUAAAUGAACAACUCUCCCAGAUUCUUCAGAAUUUGACUGGUGCUGCACAGAAUUCAUUAGAGAUCUUGAACCUGAAUCAGAACCAAAUUAGUGGUUCAUUGCCUGAUUUUACUAAAUUUUCGUCCUUGAAGGAAUUGUACCUUGGUCGUAAUACAUUGAAUAGGUCUUUUCCUCUAAGUUUUGGACAGAUUUCCAAUCUAAUUUUUCUACAUGUGUUUUCUAAUCAGAUUUCUGGGCCAUUGCCAGAUAUGUCAAUAUUUCAUUUGUUGAAAGAGUUAUAUCUUUCCAACAAUCGGUUACAGGGGAUGCUACCCAAAAGUAUCGGGCAACUUUCUAAGCUUGAAAUUUUAGGUGUCUCUUCAAACUCAUUAGAAGACUCGGUAAUUGUAGUAUGGGGCCUCAUUUCCCAAAAAUGGCUUCGAACACAGAACAAUUUUUCUGAGCUUGAUAUCUCCUAUGUUGGAAUUUCAGAUACAAUACCUGAUUGGUUUUGGGAUCUCUCCCCCAGGUUACAUUUCUUGAAUCUCUCUUACAAUCAGAUUAGUGGUAUUGUCCCCGAUUUAUCCUUGAAGCUUGUUGAUUUUCCUGGAAUAGAUCUGAGCUCUAAUUGUUUUAAUGGUCUAAUACCAUCACUUCCCCCUAAGGCGACGUUAGUGUAUCUCUGCAAAAACAUGUUUUCAGGAUCAAUUUCCCAUUUUUGUGCCAACAACAAAUUUGUAGGGGAAUUGCCUUCGUCUUUACAAAAUUGUACAAAGUUGAGUGUUAUUAAUUUGGGUGAAAAUAAGUUUGCAGGAGAAAUACCAGCAUGGAUAGGGACACACCUAACAAACUUGAUCAUUCUUAGUCUUCGUCAGAAUGAGUUCUAUGGAAGCAUACCGCCAAGAAUCUGUCAUCUUGACCAUAUUCAAAUCCUCGACCUUUCUCGAAACAAUAUAUCGGGAAAUAUACCAAGGUGCUUAAACAAUUUUACUUCUUUGGUUAAAAGGAAUAGUUCAAGUGAAACCAUUAAGAUUGAACUCGUAUCUUACAGUGGGUCCGGCUACUAGGUCUAUCUUGGGGGCAACUACAUGGAUAAUGAAUUGGUUCAAUGGAAAGAAUAAGAGUGGGAAUACCAAAAGAAUUUGGGACGACUUAAAACUAUUGAUCUUUCUAGCAAUAAAUUAGUUGGGUUGAUUCCUCAAAACAUUUCAAGUCUUAAGGAAUUACUUUCCUUGAACAUAUCGAGAAACCAUUUGACAGGAA